UGCUGAUUUCUCGGUGGUUCAAACAUAAAAAUUCUAAAGUGGCAUGCUAUGUAUUAUUAGUGACCCCACAUUUAAAAUCACCAGCAGUGUCAAGUUUGAAGUAUCAUUUGCUGCACACAUUCCAGUUUUGCUUUGUAUCAUUGGAUUCAGGUUGAAUUUUCAUUUCAAGUGUGAGUUUUAGUGUUACGCAUUUGCAUAUACAUCGGACCGGACCUUAACAAUAUAUUUAAUUCCAUAACUGAAGUAUUUUAGGGUACCUCCUUCCUAUUUCGUAUUCCUUACGUGGAUUGUUAAAGUGGAGAUAAGUGUAUACGUGCAAGAAAUUAAUCCGGGCAUUACACAGCGUCAUAUUAUUAUAACAUAAUAUUUAUUCGCAAUGGGCAGCAGGCCAUCCCUUCUACUUCGAGAUGAAGAACUUGCCGAGAUUCAAAAAGAAACAGGAUUUACGGCGAACCAAAUUGAACGUUUGUACAGUAGAUUCACAGCAUUGGAUAAAACUGCGACGGGGGCGUUAAGCAGAGAGGACUUCUUACGAAUACCGGAAUUAGCUAUAAAUCCGUUGGGGGAAAGGAUUGUGAUGGCGUUUUUCAGGCACAGUGACGAAGAUCGUGUUAAUUUUCGUCAAUUCGUGCGAGUUUUGGCUCAUUUCCGACCUUUAAAGAAGAGCCGAGCAAAUGCGCUCAACUCUCGAGAAGGGAAAUUAAAAUUCGCCUUCAAGUUGUACGAUUUGGACGAUGAUGACCGCAUCACGAAAGAAGAACUACUGGCUGUGUUGCAAAUGAUGGUUGGGGAAAAUAUAAGUGAGGAUCAAUUAAUGAGCAUUGCUGAGAGAACCAUCUUGGAAGCAGACAGUGAUGGUGAUGGCAUGAUCGGAUUUGAGGAAUUUUGCAAAGUUUUGGACCGCAGUUUGGUUGAACAAAAAAUGUCGAUUCGUUUCCUGAAUUAAAUACUUAUGUCUUUACUAACGGAAAAGUCUUACAUAGCAAUUCUAAUUGCAUUUGGCAAUGUGACUGUGUCUAUCUUUAGAGUGUACAAGUUCAGAGAAGAAUAAGUAAAAGGUAAAGUACAUAGGCGGUGAUGAUCUGUUGUGUUGUUAAUAAUAUUAUUAUAAUAUGAUGUUACCUUUUGUAAUGUAUUCCAUUACGCCUAUCUAUCACUGCAUUGUAAAAUUAUAUACUACUAGUAGUACUAGUACCCAUAUAUUUUCUUAGGUAAUGUUAGUGAAAUGACGUGUGAUAAUUCUUGUACUUAUCAUCAUUCGAUAUAUUUAAAAUAAAUAAGAAACCUAUUAUA